AUGCUGUCUUGCACCACACUCAGGCCGCUGGUUCCGGCGGUGGCGUCGCCGUCGCCAGCGCACAUCACCGCCUGCUCCUCGCCCGCGGCGGGGCGGCGUGCGCCGGCGGCGGUGGUGGUGCGCGCGGUGCGGAACUACGACUCCAUCCCGAAGCGGGAGCCCUUCAGCUCCAGCCGCAGCAUCCUCGACGAGUUCCUCCGGCAGGACAAGCCCCUCGUCCAGCGCACCAAGGACCAGAUCACAGAUUAUUGCACGACCACUGAAGGUGAUGAAUGUUGCAGCUGUUGGGAUGCUUACUUUGAACUGAAUAAACUUGAGCAAGAGCUGCCCAAAGAGGAAAUCUCAAGGAUGGUGAAGGACUCAGAGGGUGACGUGAGGUACCUGAUUCAGAGCAUCCAUCACCGCUCAGAUUUGCGGAAGAAGGUGGCAGAGAAAGCUCAUAAUUCAGUACCAUCAAGCUCCCUGGGGCAAACUGCAAAGCCAAGGCCAUUCCCUGUGCCUGAUGGGAUACCGAAAACGCAGGAAGAGCUCGCCGAAGAAGAGGAGGCGUUGAUGCCGGAGUCUCCAUAUACAAGGUUGCUGAGAAGGAUGGGUAGAUACCCUGAUUGGUACACACCACGCCCUGAUCAUGAAACUGACUGA